AUAGCAACUCCACCGCCUACCAGGCUCCGUCUGCCCGCGCAGGGCGGGGAAGACGCCACCUCUCGCCGAGAGUCGCCCGGCAGGGCUCGGGGCCUGCAGGAGAGGAGGAGCCGCCCGGGCCCGGCCGAAAGCAUGGGUGUGAGGAUGGAGAGCGGCGGCUGGAGCAGCCGGAGGAGCAGCCCAGUGAUCGAAUACGAAGCCGUUCCUAGGUAUGGACCAGCAAGCCCAUUCAAGGGACACUUAAGUACUAAAAGUAAUGCUUUCUGCAUUGACUCCUCCUCUCACAGACUAAGCAACCAGUACCUGAUCAGAGAUCACAUGGCUGUUCACUACAACAAAAUCCUUUCAGCGAAAGCUGCUGUAGACUGUUCAGUGCCAAAAAGUAGGCUAACCAGCAUAAAACUAUCUGAUCAGCAAAGAAGAGAAAAGCUCAAGAAGGAAAUAGAAAGGUGUGAGAAGGAAAUGAAUGCAUCCAAAAAUGCAUCCCGAUCCAGUUCUAGGGAAAGUAGACGACCGCUGUCAGCCACAUACAAAAAGAACCAGGAAUCAUUGGAAGCAGAAAGCAACACGGGACUCUCUUGUGCACCAAAUGAACAGAGGUAUGCGUCUGGUUCCUUCUCAGCUCCCGAGAGGCGCAUCACAGACUUCCCUGAUACUGAAAGAUAUGCCAGGAAGGCUUCUCCAAAACCCUCCAAUAUCUCAGUAUCUCACUCAAGUAUAAGCACAACAGGUAUACAUCGAUCACACUCCAGAAUUUCCUGCAGUUCUUCCUCUGACAGCGUUGUGAAAUGUUAUCCUCGAAAGGCCUCAAAGGCUGAAUCCAAAGUACAAAGCAGGGAUCUCCUUGACAGUCACUCGGCACAUUUUACUGAUGGCCGACAGCCAUUCACACCACGCACUUUAAAAUCAGACACCAAAUCCUUCCUGUCGCAGUACAGAUAUUAUACUCCAGCCAGACGGACCAUGAAAGACGUUCCAGUACAGCAUGUGGAGGUAGAAACUCAGACUGACAUAAGCAGUUUUCAACCUGAAUGUGAAGAAUUCAUAAAACGGGAUGUUGCUGACUUUCAGAAGGUGAUUAAGGAGGUAGAAGACUCGGUAUCUGCCAUGGUAGAUAUGUGUGGUAAAACGAAGACCCUUUCUCAGUUCUCCUCACCAAGGGUGACUUCUCCAUGUUCUGGGCAGUCCCCAAUGAUGAGAAGAAUUCAGGCCGAAGAAGAAGAACUUCUGUAUUUAAGUUUUAUCCAGGACAUCACAGAUGAGAUCCUGAAACUUGGAUUGUUUUCCAACAGGGCUCUGGAACGGCUGUUUGAGCGUCACAUAGAACAAAAUAAGAAUCAUCUCAAUGAGACCAAAAUGCGCCACCUGUUGGAGAUCCUGAAGGAGGACCUGGGCUGCAACCAAGACAAAAAGGAAGGGUUUGACUCAUUUGGACUAGUUCGAAGGAAACCAGCAGAACACCUUGAGCUCCACCAGAAACCUCAAAGACAAAAAAGCGAGGAGUUUUUAAAGGCAAUGGAUUUAAUAGCAAGUGAGGCAGCUCCGUCAAGACUCCCGGUACGUAUCAAUGGAUCCGAGAAGGUGGAGGACAAUGGUCUGAACGGCUCAUUGAAUGCAGGGCUGAACCCAGCACCUGACGAAAGCCCGGCCACCUCGUGCAGCCUGCCGCCAACACUCAGUUCAACAGCUUGUGAUGCUGACUUUGAAACCAGUGAGUCUUUGCAGAACCUUGACGAGCUUCAAGAAAGCAUGACGGAAUCCCUUCGCAUCACCACUGACAAUGAAGAAAUCACCAGCAACUAGCAGCAAAGCACCAAGAGGGCAGCAGCAUGAAGAUUUCGGACAUUGCUCAUUCAAUAAAAUGCUAGUGAACCAUGUUUUUUUCCUGUUUUGGAUACACUUGCAACCUGUUGUCUAUCAGGUCCUAGUAUUAUGAAUCAGGCUUUAGUGACUGGAGUAUGUACACACACUGUAGAGGGCAAGAUAUAAAUUUUUUCAGAGCUCAGCUGCAUGUGACAGCAUGGCUGCUGAAAACUCGAAAUAUAGAGAUAUGAAUGAAUUAUAUUUUAAAAGCAGGUGUGAUUGUUUAUAAAACUAUUUAUAAUAAAUGGAUACAACAUUUUGCAGUAGUAAAAA